UCAGACUCAUAAAAUAAUCUUGGGCUAUUUGUAGUAUCAUACUUUUAUAUCGGAAAGAGCACACAUAUCCAUUAAACCGUGAGCGUAAAAGAGAUAUAGACCAAAUUUUGUCACUGUGAAUAAUACAUAACAUGGAAAAUAGCAUUUUGUACUGACUGACAGAAUUGUCAACUGCACUAAAAAUCGGUCGUCAGGUGUCAAACCAAUACAGUUGUUUUUGUCUGUCAUUGGUAUCAUGCUGCUGAAUUAAUAUUUUUGUAAUUUACACGCAGUGUUUCAUAAAAACAAGAUAUAUACUGAUACUAUUCAAAAUGAAAGUAAUCGUCAAAAAGUUGCAAGGUGGUGAAUGUUGCCUGGACGUGUUUCCUUCUACACAUAUAUAUGAAAUUAAACGACAAGUUGCUGAACAAUUAAAUAUACCAGUAGAAGAACAGAAAUUGCUGCUACUAGGCAGGACACUAGUGGAUGAACAAACUGUAGAAUCAUACCCUACUAUUAAAGAUGGUACUAAAUUGAACCUAGUUGUUAAGAAGCCUGAUACUCUUCAAGAAGCUUCCGCGAAGUAUUUCAAGAAAAUGUAUGGCAUGACAGAUGCUGAAGCUACAGCUGCAGGCAACCGCCUUGUGAAACUUGUGCAAGAGAAAUUCAGUAAAUUGUCAUGGGAUGAUGUUGAUAGGCUAUCGUUGGACUGCAUGCUGGACGAAAAUGGGCAAAGUCGAAGUCCUCCCAUGGAGAUUGAGCCUGAGUGUGAUGAUGUAUACAGUUUAUAAAUAAAUGUGGACUCUAAUAAAAUGGUUUUAAUAAUU